AUAGUAAUUUAUGUACCUAACUUCAUAGCAUUACGACUAUUAUAGCCUAAAAUUGAGGUUAAGUUAUAAUAUAAAAAUUUUAAAUAUCAAUGUAGUCAAAAGUCUUCUAAUAAACGUUUGAUUUUCUCUUGCAUUUAGAGACAAUAAUUAUAAAGUGACAUUCACCAUUGCGCUGAUGCAAGAAACAGAUAACCUAUAAAAAUCUCUGAAUUUCUGGAGUGUCUGACUACUUGGAAUUUUUUACAUCAAUAUGUCCUUUUCGUGAAAUAUCGGUCAUUUAAAAAAAUGAAUAAAACCAAAACAAAAAAAAAUAAAGUUGAAAAGUGUCCUUCAACUCUAAAUGAUGAUUUGGUUAAAGACGUAUCAAACAAGUGUAUUUUAAACGAAAAACCACCAGAAUUAAAAAAUGGGCUGAUCAAUGGAUUAUCUAAUGUAAAUGAUGCGACUGGGUGCAAAAAAAAUAAUAGAAGAAAGAGAAAUAAGCAGAAAAUAGAUACAAUAGACAAUAGAGAAAAGGAACAGAAUUGCGUUAUUAAACAAAAGGAAGACCAAAGUACAUUAGAAGAAAUUUCCAGUGAAAUUGUAAAUAAUGUAGAUAGUAAAAUUGACCCUAUUACGACUCUAGAUUCAAAUGAAAAUAUCUCUUGUGAUAAACCUAAACUAAAACUGCAGGCGGUGAAUGCAACAAAUGCUCAACCAAGUUCCAGUGAGGUUGAUAUCGGAAUAUUAGAUAGUUUAAAAAUUGUUAGUUUAGAAGACAAAAAGGAUGAUGCGCAGUUGACGGAUAAUCAUUCUCUAACAAUCAAACCAAAAAUAGAUUUUAUACAGUAUGAAUCUGAACAACAGAUGCCAAUGAUCAUGAAAAUCAUACAGAAGGACCUUUCGGAACCAUAUUCUAUAUACACUUACAGAUAUUUCAUACACAAUUGGCCUAAACUUUGUUUCCUGGCGAUGUGUGAAGAUGAAUGUGUAGGAGCCAUAGUAUGUAAGUUAGAUUUGCAUCGUAAAGUGAUUAGAAGAGGUUACAUUGCUAUGUUGGCAGUAGAUCAAAAAUACCGUAAACUCAGAAUCGGUUCAAACUUAGUACAGAUGGCUAUUAACGAAAUGUUAUUGGGCGACGCCGAUGAAGUUGUUUUAGAAACUGAAGUUACCAAUAAACCUGCUCUACAGCUAUAUGAAAAAUUGGGUUUUGUCCGGGAUAAACGACUCUUCAGAUAUUACCUAAACGGAGUGGAUGCUUUGAGACUUAAAUUGUGGUUGAGAUGAGUAUCAAUCGAAUAUGAUCAAACAUGUCAUUAUUGAAUAGUAUGAAUUUUGUAAGAGACUAUGUUUUGUUAGAAUUUAGAAAGUGGUGAAGUAGUUGGAGGUUCGCAAAUUUUAUUAUUGUUGAUGUUUAUUUAUAUUCAAAUUGUUUUCUUUAUUUUUUAAGAAGAUACCAAAAGUUGUCGAGCAUAACGGGUCAAGAGUAAAAAUUUUUCACGAUUAUAUCAAAUUAAAAGAUGUUGAUUUCAAAAUAUUAUUUUAGGAUCUAAAAGUUUUGUUGUUGGUAUGUAGUUUAAUAAUUCGGAAAUGUUAUGGACAUAUCUUUGUUUCACUUUGUGUCUAGUGUCGCGAAUUUUGUGGUUGAUAAUGUUCACUUACGGGAAGGUGGUCUAAUUUGGAUUAAUUUUAUAAUAUUAGCUAAAUAAAAGCUCGAAAUAAGUGUCAAUAACAAUUAAUUAGUAGAAAAGAAACUCACUAAAUGUACUAAUAAAACCGUUUAGUGCCAUACAUAUUUUUACUGAACACACUGUUUACACUACCACUACACCAACACUCACAAUUACAUUGUCUGACGCGCCUUUCGAUAACCAAGUUAUAAUCUUCAGAGACUGAAGGUAAAAUAAACGCGUUAGACAGUGUAAUUGUGAGUAGUGGUGUAAACAGUGUGUUCAGUUACCAACGGUUCCAGAAAUUCCAACCUAGAUAAGUUCAACUGUAAAGCAAUCACACAUUUGGAUUUGUGAACAAACCUCAUGUUGUAAUGAGUCGGAAACACAUGUUUUUAGAAGCUUAAUAAUCCUAAUUAUUAACCGAUGGGAAACAAAAGCAAAGCAAUUAGUUAUUAGUACAUCAUAAAAAUAUUAUUACGAUUCCACCAUCCAGCUCUAACGCAACGUUUGUUGGUAUUCGGAAACAUUACAUGUAAAUCAAAAAUGACUUCUUGAGAUAUUCGAUAUUAACAAUAGAUUAUGUGAUGUACAGUUCUUUUAUUUAUCUUAAGGUGUUUCGUUACAAUUUAUAUAUAAUCAUUAGGGUGGUCAUUAAAAAUUAAAUUUUUUACAACGCCCUCUAAAAAACUUUUUUUUGAUGAAAACACACUUGGAUUUUUUUCUUUAAUUCAAAAUAACCCGUGCCACUAUACAAUCCAAUUUAAUUUUUCGAUAUAAUCUUUUUUUGGAAAUUUUUCAGAAAAAAUAAAAUUUUUUUCGACAUAUAAAAAUUAUAGAACUCAAAUCAAUGAAAAUAACAAUAAACAAAAAUCUAAAUUAAAAAAAUUUUCCAUUUUAUUUAGUAUAUCGAAUAAAAAAAUGAGAGUCUGUUUAGCUUCUAGUUCUGUAUAUGGAUUUGCUUUUUGAACACUCCGUUAUUUUUUAUUGCAACCAGACUUUUUGAUAUUUCCUCAUUAAAAUAUUUUCAGUAAUAUCAGAAUUUGAAGUGAAUCGUUUUGCUUUAAAUCUAAAAGUAGAUGAGGCCAUUACUUUGCGCUUAGAGGUGAAAUGCUUUUAAAGUAUAUCCUUCUGCUUCAGGUUUCAAAGUGGGCUCUUUCGAUUUUGAUGUAGAUUCUGCUUCAGGCUUGGUGAUCACAUAUGGUGCUAGAUGAUCAUCAUCACUAUCAGAAUAACUUUUAUUUCAAGAACUCUCACUUAUAUCUACAUCUGAGAAAACAUUUCGAUCUAUCGGUCAAAUUUCAGAUUUUCUAAAUCUUGUAAUAACUUGUAAUAUUGUAAUUUGCAAUACUGUUUCAUAGCCGUUUAAAUUCUAGUCCUAAAAUUAGAAACACUCCAAAAUAGAAAAUAGUAAAAGCGAUUAGAAUGUUUGAAUAUAGUUAUCUUCACACAGUUGUUUGGACCGCCUGUACCAAUCAGUGAUGCUUCCCAUUGAGCGUCGAUUUUAUUCUCGGGAGUAUAAAAAAAUCGGGUGGGGGUACUUUCAGAACAGACCCUUGUCCUGAAACGUAAAUGAAAUCUUGAAAAAGUUUUACUCUUCACAAAAAAUAGGUUAUGUUAAUUUUUGGUUGGCCUAUAAUACUGAAAAGUUUAUAACGAAUAGGUUUGCUUCCCACAAACUAAAAAUCUAAAUUGGAACGAUAUUUAUUAAUAUGGAAUAAGAAAAAAUAAUGUGUGCUUGAAAUAAGUGUUUCUUUGAUUUCUAUUAUGACGUAAUAUUGAUAUGUCUAUAAAUGUACUAUAAACUUUUUGUAUAUAUUAUAGUGGUCUAAUAUACACUUAUUGUGUUGUAAUAAAAAUUUAAAGAGUC